UCGGUGCAAGCGUUGGGCUCCGCGGCGCCGCGCUGGGCGCUCGGUCAGCCUCGGCAACGGGGAGCGAGUCAGGCCUCCCGUCGCCGCAUCCGCCUGGUGCAGCCCCGGGCCAAGCCCCUGUCGGGGCAUGAGUGCAGGUUUUAUGGUCUGAAAAGCAUGUUAAUCCUUUGGUGAAGUUCUCUGACGUUGAGUGGUCUUUGCUGGUGGAAUGAAUUCCAUGGCAUUGGAUAAUUUCAGACUGUUAGGACAUAGGUUAUUACAGAGGACCCACACCACAUUGGAAAUAGGAAGGAACAUCUGCAUCACAGGGCCUAGGCCUGAAGUUCCUACAGAGCUGCCUCCCCAGGGAGCCACUGAAAUCCACACUCACCUAAUUCCAGAUCUGAAGAUGUGCAGCUCCACACGGUUCCCUGUUAUGCACCUGAAACUGUACUGGAGACGCCAGAAGAGAGAGCGCCCUCUGGAGGUCAGCAGGCGAACGCUGAGGCUGCCUAUGAGCCGCCAAAAGGCUCUAAGUGAUGAGAAAUGGAAGGCAAGCCUCAUGAAGCCACGUGUCUCUCUUGGUAAAGCAUCAUCUCAGAAGCCUCUUGGGAUCCUUUCUCCAAAUGUUCUGUGCAGUAUGAGUGGGAAGAGUCCUGUAGAGAGUAGCCUGAAUGUUAAGACCAGAAAGAAUGUGCCGUCUACAACCAUCCACCAGGGCGAAGAAGGAGCACUUGAUAUCUGGGCUGUUGUGAAACCUGGAAAUACCAAGGAGAAAAUUGCAUUCUUUGCAGCCCACCAGUGUAAUACUAGGACAGGGUCUAUGAAAAUAAAAAGCUCCUGGGAUAUUAUUGAUGGGAGAGCUACUAAAAGAAGAAAAAAAUCAGGGGAUCUUAUAAAAGCCAAGAUACAGCUAGAAAGCAUGAGAGAAGUCAGCAGCAGGUGCUACCAGCCUGAGCCUUUUGCGUGUGGCAUUAAGCACUGUUCUGUGCAUUACGUGAGUGACAGUGGAGAUGGCGUCUACACUGGGAGGCCUCUGUCAGUUAUACAGAUGGUCGCCUUCCUUGAGCAAAGAGCUAGUGCUCUGCUAGCUAGUUGUGCGAAAAACUGCACAAACUCCCCUGCUGUUGUGAGGUUUCCUGGCCAAUCCAGAGGAGCUCCCCCAGUCUCUGAGCAUUGCUCUGCCCCAGGAGCAUGUGAACCCAUAGAAAGGGGAAACCCUGAAGUUGGUGAACCACAGAGCGAGCCAGUCCGUGUCCUUGACAUGGUAGCCAGGCUGGAGUCUGAGUGCCUGAGGCAGCAGAGCCAGCAUGAACUUGGGAGCCUCUCGAGGAAUAACAGCUUCCAUCGGAGUGCUGGUGGGGUGUUGCUUACAAAUAGCACCCAGGCUGAUGAAGGAAAAACAGGAAAAGGUGCCGUGGAGGCACCUGCCACUCAGGUAGACCCCACAGGGUCUGCAUCUGUAGCCUGUGUCCCCUCAGGAGCUGGCCAUUCUCCCAAGGGGGACAAGACCUGGGAUGGUGCUUCUCAGGGCCAUCUGUCAUUGCCAGCGGGUGUGAGUUUCCACAUGGAUGAUGCAGAAUUAGAGCCGGGUCUGCAAACUACCAUGAAAAAUAGCAACAGUUAUGAUGUGGAAAUGACAGAUGAACUUGUUAGGUUACCUUUUUCUUCUCACGUCUGUCCCCAAGCCACUGAAUUGCCCACAGAUGCUGUUGACUGUAUGAACAGAGCACUUGUGCCGCUCACCAGCCCAAGUCUUGAUCAGAGAAGAAAAGUCUCUCUCUGCGUUGGUAUCCCCAUGUCCAAGGUGGAGAAGGACCAGCCUUCCAGUUUAGACAUCUGUGAAGACCCACUUCCAGGGAUGUUGUUUUUUUUGCCACCUGGUCAGCACCCAUCAGACUGUUCCCAGUUGAGUGAAAGUACAAGAAAAGUGGCUUCAGAGUCUAGCCAGCUUGCUGUGGCUGAGGGUGACAGCACAUCUGAGCCACUUGUGCCACCACCCUCCUCUGUGGAAAGUGCCUCACCAGUACUUGAGGCAUCCAGUUGGAAGAAGCAGGUGUCUCAUGAUUUUCUGGAGACCAGGUUUAAAAUCCAGCAGCUUCUGGAGCCUCAGCAGUACAUGGUUUUUCUGCCCCACCACAUUAUGGUAAAAAUCUUCAGGUUGCUUCCCACUAAGAGUUUAGUGGCUCUUAAAUGUACCUGCUGCUAUUUCAAGUUUAUUAUUGAACACUACAAUAUUAGGCCAUCAGAUUCUCGCUGGGUUCGAGAUCCACGCUAUCGAGAAGAUCCUUGCAAACAAUGCAAGAAAAAGUAUGUGAGAGGGGACGUGUCCCUGUGCCGGUGGCACCCCAAGCCCUAUUGCCAGGCGUUUCCCUAUGGGCCAGGGUACUGGAUGUGCUGCCAUCGCUCUCAGAAAGCCUUUCCUGGCUGUCAGCUGGGACUUCAUGACAAUCGCUGGGUUCCUGCCUGCCACAGCUUUAACCGGGAAAUCCACAAGAAAUCAAAAGGGACUGAAACUGAAGAGGAAUAAUAACAUCCACGUGACAGGCAACAAAAGGACCCAUUUUUAAAAACCACGAAACGCUGUUCAAGCGAGCAUUGCCUCUAAAUUUAGUUACCACUGCAGGAGAAUCUAACUCUUAUCAGCACCGCCAUUGCUCAGGCAUCUUUAAAACUCUUAAUUUAUGAGCUAUACAGGAAAAUUGGUCUCAUUUUU